UAUUAUAUUUGAAGGAGUAUAGUAUAGUUUGGUUAGAAAUAAAUAACCAACGUGGGGGCCGAAAAUCUAUAAUUUCUGCCAAAUAUCUUUUUAAGUUUGUUUUCAUGGCCCAUCUUUUUCACGCCUUCAUAUUUCACUCCCACUCUUGAUUUCCAUUCCCCCAUAACUCUCUGCCGAAAUGCCUUCUCUUCUUCUUCUUCUUCUUCUUCUUCUUCUUCUUCUUCUUCUUCCUCCUCCAUUGAUCUCUUCACUCAAUCAAGAAGGAUUGUAUCUUCAACGAGUCAAACUUGGUCUCUACGAUCCCACUCAUUCCCUCUCUUCAUGGAACCCUCGCGACAACACUCCCUGCAACUGGUCCGGCAUCACUUGCGAUUCCCUCACUCAUUCUGUCAUCGCUGUCGACCUCUCCGACUUUCAGCUCUCUGGAACUUUUCCCACUUUUAUUUGUCGUCUUCCUUCUCUCUCUUCACUCUCCCUGUCUAAUAACGCUAUUAACGCUUCUCUUCCGGAUGAUGUUGCUUCUUGUUCUGGUCUCCACUUGCUGAACAUGUCUCAGAAUCUUCUUGCUGGUUCUAUUCCCGAUGGGAUUUCUAAGAUCUCCAAUCUUCGUUCACUGGAUCUCUCUGGAAAUAAUUUUUCUGGGGAGAUUCCGACGAGUUUCGGUGGGUUUGCGCAACUUGAGACGCUGAAUUUGGUUGAUAAUCUAUUGAAUGGAACCAUUCCGGGGAGUUUGGGUAAUAUUUCGAGUUUGAAAGAGCUUCAACUUGCUUAUAAUCCGUUUAUGCGGAGUGAGAUACCGAGUGCAUUCGGGAACUUGACUAAGUUGGAGGUUCUCUGGCUUGCUAACUGUAAUCUUGCCGGUCAAAUUCCGGCAACCAUUGGCGGGAUGACUCGGCUUAAGAAUCUUGACUUGUCUAAUAAUAGACUCAGUGGGUCGAUUCCGGUUUCACUCACUCAAAUGAAAAGUUUAGUUCAAAUUGAACUCUUUAACAACUCGCUCUCUGGGGAGUUGCCUUUAGGACUGUCUAAUUUAACUUCACUCCGACGAAUUGAUGUGUCGAUGAAUCACUUGACGGGAAUGAUUCCGGAUGAACUGUGCGCAUUACAGCUUGAGUCGUUAAAUUUGUUCGAGAAUCGAUUGGAAGGGCCUUUGCCGGAGAGUAUCGUUAAUUCCCCAUACUUGAAUGAGCUCAAGUUGUUUAACAACAAGCUUAGUGGACAGUUACCCAGUAAACUCGGCCAAAACUCGCCAUUAGUUCAUCUUGACGUUUCAUACAACGGAUUUUCUGGCGGAAUUCCUCAAAACUUGUGUGCAGAAGGGAAAUUGGAAGAGCUUAUAUUGAUUUACAAUUCGUUUUCUGGAAGAAUCCCGGCAAGUCUUGGAAAAUGCACGACUUUAAGCCGGAUUCGAAUGAGGAACAACAGACUCUCUGGUCCGGUUCCUGAUGAAUUUUGGGGUCUGCCCAAUGUGUAUUUGCUUGAGCUCGUUGAGAAUUCUCUUUCUGGGUCUAUUUCUUCGAUGAUAUCUGGCGCUAAGAAUCUCUCUAUUUUGAUGAUUUCAGAAAAUCAAUUUUCAGGGUCAAUUCCUAACGAGAUUGGGUCGUUAAGCAAUCUGACUGAACUCUCAGGUAAUGACAAUAUGUUUUCCGGUCGAAUCCCAGGAGCUUUGGUAAAGUUAAACCUGUUGAGUACACUCGAUCUAAGCAAGAACAAACUUUCUGGUGAAUUGCCAAUGGGAAUUGGAGCUUUGAAAAGGCUAAACGAGUUAAAUUUAGCAAGUAAUAGACUAUCCGGCAAUAUCCCGAGUGAAAUUGGAAGCCUACCGGUUCUUAAUUAUCUUGAUCUUUCUAGUAAUCAUCUCAGUGGAAGUAUACCUCUUGAAUUGCAGAAUUUGAAACUGAAUUCGUUAAAUUUGUCGAACAAUCUGUUAUCAGGAGUACUUCCUCCUCUUUAUGCUGAGGAUAUUUACAGAGAUAGUUUCCUGGGAAAUCCAGGUUUGUGCAAUAACGACCCAAGUCUUUGUCCUCACGUUGGAAAAGGAAAACACCAAGGCUAUUGGCUUCUCAGAUCCAUUUUUCUACUUGCUAUCAUUGUUUUUGUUGUUGGGGUCAUUUGGUUUUUCUUCAAGUACAAGGAAUUCAAGAAGAGUAAGAAAGGAAUUGCCAUUUCCAAGUGGAGAUCGUUUCAUAAACUUGGUUUUAGUGAAUAUGAAAUAGCAGACUGUCUCAGUGAAGACAAAGUCAUUGGAAGUGGAGCGUCCGGCAAAGUGUACAAAGUCGUGCUAAAAAAUGGUGAGGUCGUGGCGGUGAAGAAGCUAUGGCAAGGAACAAGAAAAGAGGACACGAGUUUGGAUUCAGAGAAAGAUGGAUUUGAGGCUGAAGUUGAGACUUUAGGGAAGAUUCGUCACAAGAAUAUUGUAAGGUUAUGGUGCUGCUGCAACACAGGCAACUGCAAGCUGCUUGUUUAUGAGUACAUGCCUAAUGGAAGCUUGGGAGAUUUGUUGCACGGCAGCAUGAAGCGCUUUCUGGAUUGGCCUACAAGGUAUAAAGUAGUUUUGGAUGCAGCUGAAGGGCUUUCUUACCUGCAUCACGACUGUGCUCCUCCAAUUGUUCAUAGGGACAUUAAGUCCAACAAUAUAUUGCUUGAUUCUGAGUUUGGAGCUAGAGUUGCUGACUUUGGAUUGGCAAAGUUUUUGAAUGCUGGCAAGGGAUCAGAAUCUAUGUCUGUCAUUGCUGGUUCUUGUGGUUAUAUUGCACCAGAAUAUGCUUAUACUUUAAGAGUAAACGAAAAGAGUGACAUCUACAGCUUUGGGGUGGUGAUUUUAGAGCUAGUGACAGGACGGCCACCAAAUGAUCCAGAAUUUGGAGAUAAAGACUUGGCAAAGUGGGUAUACGCCACUGUUGAUGGCAGAGAACUCGACCGAGUAAUUGAUCCGAAGCUUGGUUCUGAAUACAAGGAAGAAAUAUACAGAGUCCUUGAUGUUGGACUGCUUUGCACAAGCUCACUCCCUAUCAACCGCCCCUCAAUGAGAAGAGUCGUUAAACUACUGCAGGAGGCUGCCAUAGAAACCAGACCACCCACCAUUGUUAAAAAGGAAGUCAAACUUUCUCCAUAUUUGUCCUAGUAUGUCUCUGAACACUUACUAAUCUCUAAUUCACAUCAAAUGCCUGAAAUUUCCUACUCUCUAACUUGUAUAUCGAAUUCUAUCACAUUACAUUUUGAAGAAAAGCUCAUGUAGAAUUGAUAAAAUCUUACUCUUACAAGUUACAAUCAACCUCUAUAAUAUAAACAUCAAUGAUUUUAAUUAAAA